UGUGUAGUUUUCCAAAAUUUCGGUUCAUAUUGAAACUCUAUUAUUUCGCUUGCCCCCUCUUGCCCUCUCGCCCUUUUGCCCUUGAUCAAUCUGUGUUGUAAAGAUGCUGAUUUUUGUUGGAUUACCUUUUUAUGUGAGUUUUGUUCAGUGCUUAUGUUUUGAUUGUAAUUAGGUUUUACUGUUUGCGUUUCAAAUGUGCUCUUGGCUAUUCAGUGCCCCCACUCAGCAUCAUUCAGGCCCCAUAUGAUGCUAAUAUUGCCAUUUUUUGUUGCUCGGAUUUCAUUUAUCUAUUUUUGUGAUUAUAUUUCAUCUGGUUCUGUGGCUCAUUUGAAUGUUAGAAUUCGUUUGAUUUCUUCUUGCAAAAAUAAAAAUUGGGUGUUUAUUUCCAUUUGUGGGGAUUUGAGUUGUUAGGAAUUAGUGAUGGAGACCAAAGCUGUGAUCAAUACUAGUUCUACAGAAAAAGGCGUGUUGCAAACCGCAGAGUUGUACAAGUAUAUAAUGGAUACUAGUGUGUAUCCACGCGAACAAGAAUGUCUCAAGGAGCUCAGAGCUAUCACUUCUACUCAUCCAAGGACGAGGCUGAUUAUAUUGCAACCUGAAUUCAUGGUUUGUGGUGGAUUAAAUGAGUCGUACGUUGAGCUGAAGAGGCUUGUGAAUUCACAAGAAAAGUUGUACCAUAUGGCUAGCUAGUUGCAUAUUUAAUAUGUUUAGUAUUUUUGUAAGGCAUAAUAGUAUAGAUAGAGCAGUUGUUGAAUUUUGACUAUAUUCAAAUCUUGUAUGAAUUCUUUUUUAUGAUAAUAAUAUAAAAUUAAAUA